AUGUUCCCCAGUCUGAUCCCAACACCGUCAGUGUCCUGGGAAGAACCGGCCUCACUCCCUUUUCUGAACUCACCACAGCUGCCCGCGUUCCACAACUUGGGCAGAAGUUUCCUCAUUGACAAUUUGCUCCGGGUGAAUGGCCCGAGCGCUGGAAACCCUUUCCCAGUGAAAGUGCCCCAAACUGCGGAACAAAUCAGUCCCUCGGGAGGUCCCCGUUCAACAAGACCCUCCUUUCAGCAGCUCGUUAACCCCUCGCCUGCGCCAGCCACCUCCAGCACUCAAACUGCCUCCUACCCUGAAAUAGCUUUAUCCAAAUGUUUCCUGCCGACUUUCCCCCAGGUCUUCCUGGCUUGCUGUGGUGGGUCCUGUCAGCAGUCGAUCUCCCCCACUGCUUUUCCGAUUAGCAGCUCUUUCAGGAGCUGUGACUUUCCACUUUGGCCCCAGGUUAGUCACAGCAAAGUGCGAAGAGGAAUCCUACGCAGAGUGGUGUUUUCUGAGGAACAAAGGAAAGCAUUGGAGAAAACCUUUCAGAAACAGAAGUACAUCAGUAAAACGGACAGGAAGAAACUGGCCACCCACCUUGGGCUGAAAGAUUCACAGGUAAAAAUAUGGUUCCAGAAUCGCAGAAUGAAAUGGAGAAAUACCAAGGAGAGAGAGCUGCUUACACAAGGAUGUCUGUUUGAGCAAACAUUACAAGAGAAAUCAGUUUCAACUUCUGACAACGCCUUUCCAAACGUUCCUGACAGAAAAGCAGCACACGUAGGACAGGCUUCGAUGUGCAAAUAUGUCGCCAUUUCAACAACUUCUCAGGAUGGUCAGGCUGCUGAGGGCAGAGUGGCAGAUCUGAAAAGAGAGGUAGCUCUGCAUUCUGACUCUGUGCAGCACAAAAAGGACACUUGA